GGNACACAGAGUCCUGUAGACAGAAAACUAAAUGUGGAUUCAAAGAGUCUCAUCACUUAGAAUCCUUAUGAUCUCAANGAGAUUUCAUAUAGAUGUUAUAGUUUCCAUUGCUUCUCAGGUAAUGCUUACNGAUCAACUGACCAAUCAAGAAGAGAAGGUCUUCUCCCACGACAGUCCCAGUCCCACCUACCAAGCCAGAUCUCUUUAAAAGUCUCUAAUCUCAGGAAUGCUUGAGCAAGCAAACACUUGCGUCCCCAAGUGGUCAGUCUCCCGUCUGUAGUCUGUCUGCGCCCCAGAGCUGAACAAACAUGGAAAGAACUAACCUGAGCCAGGAGAUGGAGUUUGAGCUCUUGGGCCUCACCAGUGACCCCCAGCUCCAGAAGCUGCUCUUUGUGGUGUUCCUGGUCAUGUACGCCAUCACCGUGCUGGGUAACCUGGUCAUGUUCUUUCUCAUNCAUGUGAGCACCACCCUGCACACNCCAAUGUACUCUCUCCUCAAAAGCCUUUCACUCCUGGAUUUCUGCUACUCUUCUACGGUGGUUCCCCAGACGCUGAUGAACUUCUUGGUUGAGAGAAANGUAAUCUCUUACUUUGGCUGUAUGGCUCAGAUGUUCUUUUAUGCGGGCUUCGCCACCAGCGAGUGCUAUCUCAUCGCCGCNAUGGCCUAUGACCGCUACGUUGCCGUUUGCAGUCCUCUCCUCUAUCAGACCAUCAUGUCUCCCAACGUCUGUGCCUCUCUGAUCGCGGGCUCCUAUGGAGCAGGGUUUCUCAAUUCUCUUAUCCAUACAAGCUGCAUCUUCAAUCUGAACUUCUGUGGUGCUCACGUGGUCACUCAUUUCUUCUGCGACGGACCGCCCAUUCUGUCCCUGUCCUGCGUGGACACUUCGCUGUGUGAGAUCCUGCUCUUCAUUUUUGCCGGCUUCAACCUUUUGAGCUGUACUCUCACCAUCUUGAUCUCCUACUUGUUAAUUUUCAUCGCCAUCCUACANAUGCGGUCUAACCAGGGCAGGUUCAAGGCGUUCUCCACCUGCACGUCCCACCUCACUGCUGUGUGCUUCUUUUUUGGCACAACCCUUUUUAUGUACCUGCGCCCUAAGUCCAGCUACUCCUUGACCCAGGACCGCACAGUUGCCGUGAUCUACACAGUGGUGAUCCCAAUGCUGAACCCCUUAAUCUACUCUUUGAGAAACAAGGAUGUGAAGGAGGCUCUAAGGAGGGUUUGGGGCUGGAAAUCAAUGAGAUGACAUCUUAGUUAAGGUUUCCGUUGCUGUGAAGAGACACCAUGACUAAGGCAACUGUUAGAAGGGACAACAUUUAACUGGGGCUGGCU